AUGUCUACGAGGCGUACACUAACAGUAAUAAUGUCACGGACGAUCUCCAGGACAUCCGAGACAACAUCGAAGACAUCUGGACCUAGUGGUUCGAUCUGGCGGUCACUACCGCGGUAAAUGUAGAUGUUGUGCCUUCCAUCCCGCGCCGGACCAAUCAGCAGCAGCAUCGCGACAAUGUACCAGCCCAGACACCAUCUGAUUACUAUAAGAGGGCAGUUGCUAUUCCCAUUCUAGACCAUCUACAAUCAGAGAUGAAAACAUACUUCAAUCCUACUAAUGAUGCUGUCUUGUCCAGCCUCUUUAAUCUUCUUCCUAAGCUGGUAGCCGUCGGAGACAGAAAUCCUGACAUUCAAGCAGCGCUGGAGUUUUAUGGGAACGACCUCAUCCACCACAUCUCCUCAUGUGGUUGA